AUGUCAUGGGAUGACUUCUCGACUAGGUUCCGAGUUGAGUUUGCACCGACGAUUGAGGUGCAACAGUUGGCGCGAGAGUUUCCAGUUCUCCUCCAGACUAUUGCGACUGUGGCAGAGAUCACUGCCACGUUCCGGGAGAGGGAUUUAUUGGUACCACAUUAUGCAGCAUAUGAGGAAAUGAAGAAGAACACCUUUCUUGUUCAAACGAGGGUUUUACUCUUGAAGAACCUGCAAAAAAGUGGGGAAGAAGAUCAAAACAUGGUGGUUGAAAUUGUGAUCUCAGCUGUGUUAUUAGUUGCGGGUAUUGCUCUUUUUGUCCUAAUUCAUGUAUGCAUAGUUGGGAGGACAUUUGGAAGCAUUACUAGUGGUACUUUGGUGCAAAGAAGUGGUACGAUGAUGAUAAGCAGAAGUGGGAGCAUGUCACAAGAAGAUAUCAAGAAACUGCCAUCUUAUGAUUUUAAUCUUGAAGCACAAAAAUCAAUGGGUGAUCAGUGUGUGGUAUGUUUGGAGAGGUUUAAAAUUGGUGAAAAUUGCAAGCUUUUGCCAAAUUGUAAUCAUAGUUUUCAUGGUGAGUGCAUAGAUUUAUGGUUAAUCAAUAAUGGUGUUUGUCCAAUUUGUAGAGCUUUUGUUGAUAUGGGAAGAGAGGAGACUAGUUUUUCAUCUCAAGUUGCUUUUGAAUUGAGAUAG